AUGGGAUUUCGAUUGAAAGUGAUCACGACGGAGAGAUUUCAAGAAAUUAUUGGAUUUGGAGGUGCGAUGACUGAUGCAGCCGCGAUUAAUAUUGAUCGAUUGGAUAAUGAAGAAUUGGAGGAGAUAUUGUUGCAUUCAUAUUUCGGAGAUCAAGGAAUCGAAUACAAUGUCAUUCGAAUUCCGAUUGCUUCAUGCGAUUUCUCAACUCGUGAAUAUUCGUAUUUGAAUACUCCGGGAGAUUUCUCUCUCAAUAGUUUUCAUCUUGCCGAAGAAGAUCAAUGGAAAAUUAAAUUUAUUCGAAGAGCACAAAAAAUGGCUAGAUUACCGAUAAAAAAUUUCGGUAGUCCAUGGUCAGCACCAGCUUGGAUGAAAACAACAGGACAUAUGAAAGGCGGGGGGAAACUUCUGGAAGGAGAAAAAUACUCGAAAACCUAUGCUGAGUAUUUUGUGAGAUUCAUCGAGGACUACACGGCACAGGGGAUCCCCAUUUGGGGUGUCACGAUUCAGAAUGAACCUGAAGAGGGUUCCGAUGAUAAAUGGGAAUGGCAAGCAAUGUAUUUCCCACCAGAAGAUCAAUCCGACUUCGUUGGAAGAUAUCUAGGACCGGCUCUCAGAAAAUCAAAUGUAGCUAAUGGGACAUUGAUUAUUAUACAUGAUGGACAAAGACCCUCACUCCCAGAAUGGGCUGAUAGAGCACUCAAAGAUCCGGUUGCUGACCAUUUUGCUUCUGGAAUAGCCGUCCAUUGGUAUAGAAAUACGAGAGAAAACGCUGACAGACUAUCAAAGACAAAACAAAAUCAUCCAGAGAAGUUUAUUCUGGCUACAGAGGCAUGUACUGGAUUUAACAAAAAAGGACCGAUUCUCGGGAGUUUCUCUCGGGGAGAACGGUAUGCCGAAGAUAUAAUCGAGGAUUUGCAACAUGAUGUCUCUGGAUGGGUUGAUUGGAAUUUGGCUUUAGAUUUACAAGGAGGACCAAAUUGGGUGUCGAAUUUCGUCGAUUCCCCAAUAAUUGUCAAUCAUACAGCAAAAGAAUUCUAUUUACAACCAAUGUUUUAUGCAAUGGGACAUUUCAGUAAAUUUAUCAAACCUGGCGCAAAAAGGGUUUCGAUUAAGAUGCAAAAAGUGAAAGAUGUUCAAGGAAUUGCUUUCAUCAAUCAAGAUGGUACUGUGGCUGUUGUUGUGCAAAAUAAAGGAGAUUUUGGAGUGAAAAUAUCGAUUGAAGAUGAAAGGGGAAAACAAUAUCGAGUGACAUUGCAACAAAGAUCCAUCAAUACUCUCGUUUAUAAA